AGGGAGCAUUCCCUCCUGCUCAAUUGGCUCGAUCAGAUCCCUGAUAGCCCGCGACCAGUGAAAGUAUUUGGCCGCGCCAAUGCUCCGGUCCCUGCACUCCCUGCGGCCGCUGGCAAGGACCAGGCACUUCUCCGCUGUGAAGUUGCCGGCGGACUCCAAUCAAGCUCAGGGGAUCGGUCAGUACGCCAAGGACCUCAUUGAUGGCAAGUUUGGGGACCAUGUGGACGCUUCGGUGUAUGAGCGGGUGGAAAUGUUCCACACCGAUUCUGUCAUGUGUGGGAUCUCCGCCCUGGCGCUGAAGACCAACGCCCCCACCAUCCUGCGGGAGGAGGCCUUGACCUACAGCGACCCCAAAGGCGCCACAGUCUUCGGCAGCACCGCCAAGUGCGCGCCGGAGAAGGUGAUCGCCGCCAACGCCUCCGCGGUCCGGGAGUGGGACUCCAAUGGCACCGUCUUCGGCUAUAACCCGAAGAUCCCGGGCCACGACGCAGGGGAGUUCGGUCACAACGACUUCUACCCGGUGGUCAUGGCAGCGGCUCAGGUGACUGGAACAGUGGACGGCAAGAAGGCCCUGCUGGCCAUGAUUGCUUUGGAUGAGAUCCGGGGCAGAUUGGCGGAGGUCUUCAGUCUGAAGAGCUACAAGAUCGACCACGUGGUGCAUGGCGCCAUUGCCUCCGCUGCAGUGUACGGAGCGCUGCUGGGAGCCUCCGUGGAGGAGAUCGAGAGUGCCAUUGGCAUGGCCGUAGCGCACUACAUCCCCUUCAGGGCCAUCCGAGCAGGCAAGCAGCUCUCGGACUCUAAGGGCGCCUCUGCGGCCAUCUCCACGGAGGCGGCGGUGCUCGCCAUGCGCCGCGCGAUGCGUGGCUUCGUGGGGCCCAAGGACAUCUUCCGGAACCCCGAGGCCAUUUUCCGGUUCUUCGAGCCGAGCACCGGCACAGGCAAGAGCAAGGACAACAUCGACAUCGCGCUGAGCAACAAGGUCCGCUGGGGGCCGGGGCCCAGCCCUUUCAACCUGGUGCUGUCUCACAGCGGCGAUGAUUUCGCGGUCAUGGGCAUGCACUUCAAGCUGGGCCUCUACGAGCAUCAGUCCGCCGGGGCCCUGGAGGGCCUCCUCACCGCGCUGGUGCAGAACCCGGAGCUCGCGGCAGGCGGGGUGGAUGGCAUCCAGAACAUCAACAUCAUCGCCUACGAGCCUGCCUUCGGCAUCAUCGGGGACCCGGCAAAGAAGGAUCCGAAGACCAGACAGUCUGCGGACCACUCGAUGGCCUUCAUCGUGUCCAGGAUCCUCACGAAAGCCAUCAGCGGCAAGGUGCCUAGCGCCAUGGAUGAUGCCUGGAUGCAGCUUAUGCUGUCCCCCUAUGACUACGGCAAAGACGCGCUUUAUGAGAAGACAACGCGGGCGUUGAUGGAAAAGAUCACGUUCAGCCAUGGUGGGCCAGAGUACGAUGCCAAGUACCCUGACGGCAUUCCCACCGCCAUUGACAUCACCCUGGGCAGCGGCAAGGUGAUUAGCAGCGGCAUGGUGAUGUACCCCUCCGGCCACGCGAGAAACACCACCGCCGACUUGAAAAAGAUCCUGCAUCACAAGAACCGCAUGUUGGGCGACAUCGUUUUCACGGAGCGCGGAACCGUGGAUCAGUUUGUCACCCGACUGGAAGGGAUGAAGGAUGCCUCUCCGGCUGACGUGGGCAAGUUGUAUGAGUUUGACUUUAACAAGAUGAAGCAGCACGACUGCAUCGAUGGCUGAGCUUAGGACGGGAACGCGCAAGGCUAGGGCCUUUGGACUGCGAACUGCAAUGAUACAACCCA